AAGCGCUAAAUUUGAGUUUGAUGUUUUGAACGUGAAUUGCCAGCACUGUAAACAAAACAUUAAGAAGAAAAUGGACACUUCGACAAGUAUAUUCCAAGCUGUUGACGUACUUCACAAUAUAUGAAAAAUAAAAAAUAAACAUGACGGGUGGAGCUUCUGACCAGACCCCCACUAACAACGUUACCAAGUCCCUGGUGUCCCACAGUAUCAGGAGAAGUACCCGGCGCUACACACCGUAUGGCAGGACACCUCAGAGCAGGAGAAUCACUGUCACAGAACCCAGAUCAAGGUUACAAAGAACACCGACAUCCAAAAGAUCAGGAAGAAGAGUUGAAAAGGACCAACAGAAAGAUUUUAAAGGCUUGACAUUGAAAACCUGGAGAUCCUUCAAACUGACGCCUCUAUAUGGGUUCAGUACUAAUCCACGAGAUCUUAAAAAGAUUGCCAAUGUUCUGUCUGCACACAUAGAGGCUGAAAAAAGAAAAGGGAUUUUUAUGGACAACACAUUGAUGGGAAAGGCAUACAUAAGUAUAUACAAAGACCUCAAAGUGACUGAUGUUGACCCAGAAGCAAUCCAGAUUAUAGUUAAAGGGAAAACUGCAAAUGGGGAGGACACUAUACAACUGACAGCUGUUUUGUGUGGGGUGGACAUGCAGGAAAACCACAUCAAGGCCACCAUGCGAGAAAACUUCACCUAUUAUCCUGUCAUGUUGGUGAAGGCAUCUGUCUCCCUGUCUAACACUGUCAUCAGCUGGCUGGAGAUGCAGUACGACUGUAAGGUCACCCCUCUCACCCUGUCCUCGUAUGACCUGGCAUGGGUGGUGUCCAUGUGGAGUGGGAUGAAAAAUGAAAAUGGGAAGACUAAGCCAGUAGAACUACUGUAUUCCGUACCCAAGGAGUGUGAGGGUCUGACAUCUAUAAACUACAGCAUAGACCCAGAAGAUUGUCAGGAUCUGUGGGAAAGAAUCCAUGAUAAAGAUGAGGUUGACUUCAGCAGCGAAGAAGUUCAGAAGUUCAUUCGUAGUUUGGAAGCGCAUUUCUUCAGGGUUUUCAAGGUUAAAAUUUCAGCGAUGUCACUGGUUCGAGUGGGAACCCCAUUGUGUAUGGUGGGCACAGACGGCCGUUUAAAGAUAUUUCUGUCCGACAAGAUCCAUGUGUUACUGCGACAUCUGACAGAAUUGGCCAUGGGUCAUACCUUCAGUAACAUCCUUGGUGUGAUGUAGACUUUCGAUAAAUUCUUGGUGAGAUGUUCACCUCGGAUAAAGUCCUUGGUGUGAUGUAGACUUUCGAUACAAUUCUUGGUGAGAUGUUCACCUCGGAUAAAGUUCUUGGUGUGAUGCCUACGACUGGAAGAAUCCCUGGUGUGAUGCUGACAUUCGAUAAAAUGUCUUGGUGUAAUGUAGAAAUUUGUUGAUAUCCUGGCUGCGACAUGGAUCUUCGGUAAAAGCUUCGCCAUUAUAUACACCUUCAGUGACAUCCUUGGUGUGAUGUAGACAUUCUUCAACUUCCUAAGUGUGACAUGUGACAUUAUUUACCAAAGGUCACACUAUCAGUGAUGUCCUGUAUGUUAGUCUCGGGUCAGACCUUCCUGUAUAGUGCCAGAGUGUGACGUGUGACAUUAUUUAUCAAAGGUCACACUAUCAGUGAUGUCCUGUAUGUUACACAGUCUUGGGUCAGACCUUCCUGUAUAGUGCCAGAGUGUGACGUGUGACAUUAUUUACCAAAGGUCACACUAUCAGUGAUGUCCCGUAUGUUACACAGUCUCGGGUCAGACCUUCCUGUAUAGUGCCAGAGUGUGACAUGUGGCAUUAUUUACUGAAGGUCACACUAUCAGUGAUGUCCCGUAUGUUACACAGUCUCGGGUCAGACCUUCCUGUAUAUUGCCAGAGUGUGACGUGUGACAUUAUUUACCAAAGGUCACACUAUCAGUGAUGUCCUGUCUGUUACACAGUCUCGGGUCAGACCUUCCUGUAUAGUGCCAGAGGGUGACAUGUGGCAUUAUUUACUGAAGGUCACACUAUCAGUGAUGUCCUGUAUGUUACACAGUCUCGGGUCGGACCUUCCUGUAUAGUGCCAGAGUGUGACAUGUGGCAUUAUUUACCAGAGGUCACACUAUCAGUGAUGUCCUGUAUGUUACACAGUCUCGGGUCAGACCUUCCUGCAUAGUGCCAGAGUGUGACAUGUGACAUUAUUUACCAAAGGUCACUCUAUCAGUGAUGUCCCAUAUGUUACACAGUCUCGGGUCAGACCUUCCUGUAUAGUGCCAGAGUGUGAUGUGUGACAUUAUUUAUCAAAGGUCACACUAUCAGUGAUGUCCUGUAUGUUACACAGCUUGGGUCAGACCUUCCUGUAUAGUGCCAGAGUGUGACAUGUGACAUUAUUUACCAAAGGUCACACUAUCAGUGAUGUCCCGUAUGUUAGUCUCGGGUCAGACCUUCCUGUAUAGUGCCAGAGUUUGACGUGUGGUAGUGAAUAUUUGAGAUACAAUUAUGUAGGUCUUAAAACUGGUGGCAACAAUUUUAAACAAGAUUGAAAGUAAAUCAAUGAAUGUAUUAAUUUCCAUUUUUGUUAAAUUUGAAAUUAAUUUUUAUUGCAGUUUUAUCUCAUUUUGUUCCAUGUCAAGCAUUUUAUUUUUAGCUCGAAAACAGAUUAAAAUAUUUUAAAACAAUAUUUUUUAUGCAACAGCAGGCAAAGAAAAAACAGCUCCAAGGCUGGUAGAUAAUGGGGACAGGUGAAAAUAACGUGGUUUGUCUGAGAUAUAAUCCCUGGACUAUUAAUGUUUUCACAGUAUAUUGUUAUAUUAUUAACUCAUCCAUUGGUUACCAUGGUUUCAAGUUAAAAAGAAACAGGUGAGCUAUAUAGGCGGGGCUGCUUCAAAUGUUACCAUCGAACAACCACAUGAUAAAAAACAUCCAUUCCCAGUUUAUGGAUUUUAUGAUUUGAAUUUUAGAUUAAUAUUUUAUGUAUGCAUUCUGUAGGCAAUUCAGGUCUCUUUGUUUAGAUGUUAUCAUUAUGAACAAUAAAUGUCUUCCUUUAUUUUUUAACCUGUAAUAAUUUGUUGAUACUGGUUUAACUUACCUUUAAGAUAGUUGUAUUAGUUCAGUUUUAAAUAAUAGUAAAGCAAUAUGAUUCUAGGAAACGGGCUGAGCAAAAUCAAUUUUACUUAAUACAAUUUUUUUAAUGAUUUAAUAUGAUACAUAAUGGACGCAGGCUUAUAGCCUUUAUAUCCAUAUCAAAACAUUGUUUAAGUUAUAAAUUAUGUAAACUUCUGGUGUGCAAUGUCCAAGUGUUUUAAAAUGUCACAAUUCAUAGCCACUAUUUGCUGUUGUAUUUUCUCGUUUCCAAUGAUCGUCCCACAAUCUGUUUAACAUCAGCUGCAUCAAUGACAUGUUGCGGAGUUCGGUAACUAUUCCAUGUCUAUUACGGGACAGCCGAAGAAGCUUUUUCUACUGUCUAGGCGACACUGUUUUUUAAAAAGUUUUUGUGAGUGUCCCCUACACGGUAUUACUUCAUUUUGAAUUCUUUCAACUCGAAGUAAUUUCCAUUAUUUUAUGUUACGAAUAAUAAAAUUGAAAUAUUGUAAUUUUCAGUUGUGUGUUUUGUUUAUAUGUAAAAUCGUGUGCAAUACUUUCCCUGUUUGUCUACUCUAUCUUUCUCUCUCUAUAUAAACAUCACCCUAUUUAUAUAUGUAAAUAAUGUACAUUUUGUUGUAUCAUAUAUGUACAGUAUAGUAGUUUUAGAACUGAUCAAGCUGUAACAGUCAAUUAUAUACAGAGGAUGCCUGUAAAUAAAAUGUAUUAUAUAU